GAGAAACAUCCUCACUCCCCACAACCCGUCCGCACUCCACCAUUCCACCUGCUUCUAGAAGUCUCCAGCGCCUCGCCUCCACCGCGCCAAUGGGGAAGAGCGAGGCUACGCCGACGGCGACGAAGGGGGAAGGGGAGAAGGUGAUGGUGCUGACGAUGCUCGAGGUGGAUCCCGCCACCGAGGACCCUGACCUCCUCGACGCCAUCAGGAAGAAGAACAGUGCUGCCCUGACCUCCAUUCUUGAUCCCCGUGGCGACCUCUCCGCCAAAGACAGUUCAAAUGCAGCUGCUGCUGUUUGGUAUUUCGUCAUGAAUGGCCACCACAUAACUGGCAAUCUGAACCUGCUGACGGACCUCACGCCUGUGUGUGACCGUUGGGUCCGUUCUCUCAUUGGGACAGGGCCGCCCAUGCAAGUCUGCGCACGGGGAUCUGUGAACUGCAAUGGGAUCAAGCUCGAUGACGUAUGGUAUGUUCCCGGGGUCACGGUGAACAUGGUGGCGGGUGCCCCUUUUAGCAAUCAGGAAAUUUCACUCACUCUGGAUCGCAGUGCCUUUUCUCUUAAGCGCCCUGAUGGCACAGUAGUCGGCAAAGGAUGUGUUAAAGGCAAUCUGUAUGAAGUAGACUUUCUCGACAUCAGUAGUACAACAGCUCCCUGGUACAUCGUCUCGAAUGCUGCUGAACACAUGACCGGCGACCUGCACCUCCUGAGCAACUUCACCCCCACCCAGCCAGGCCGCCCAGUCCGGACGCACACCGGUGGGAUGCUGCAGGUGCGCGGGAAGGGGUCUCUGAGCUCCACCCAGCUCUCCAUUCCCAGCGUCAGCUACGUCCCAGGGCUCACGGAGAACAUCAUCUCAGUGACCCAGCUCACCCACAGCGGCUUCAGUGUCGCGUUCAGUCCCCAUGGCUGCACCAUCACAAGGAACCGCGAUGGGAAGACGGUCGGCUCUGCGUACCAUGCCGGUGGCCAGCUCUACCGACUCGACUACCUCAGGGUUGCUGACAACAAGUAGCCUGUAUGAGUUGCUGACAGACAUAGUGAACCCAAAGCAGUGAGGUAAUCAGCCCUAUGAGUUGCGAAGAUGAAGAGAGAAAUUUAGUUGCGAAGAGCUUUUUUUGGCUGCAAACGAGUUGUUAGCUGGUUUCCUGUAUGAAAACCUCCUGGGUGCUUCGGUUAAUGUUCAGUUACGAUCCUGAUACUUGCUACUAUGUCUGUAUGGGCAAUACGAUCCUGAUACUUGCUACUAUGUCUGUAUGGGCAAUGGGAUAUUACCGCUAA